UCCAGAGCAAAACUGGGCUCAAGCCGCAGAAAGGGAAACCAGAAGCCUCCACAACUUCCAAGAUGAGGGUGCUCCUGUUCUUGGCUUCCGUCACCACGGCAGUGGCCUUUGUGGCGCCCAUCACCAAGCGCGAGGUGCCCCUUCCCGCUGUGGCAGCGCCAGCUGCAGAGGAGUCCAGCGCGUUCUCCACCAUGGCCUUCGGCGCCAGCGUGGGCUACGCCUGCGCGGCGGUCGGCGCCGUGGCGCGUCAGGGCCGCGUGACCCGGAAGGCGGAGAAGGCAUCGGUGGCGAGGACGCCGGUGGCCUACCCCAUCUUCACCUUCCGCUGGCUGGCCGUCCACGCGCUGGUUGUGCCUACUGUCUUCUUCUUGGGAGCCAUCAGCUCCAUGCAGUUCAUCCAGCGCUGAGCGGUCCGCGCAGCGCGUUUUCCCCCCAAAGCGAGCUGCAAGUGCCGAGCCCAACGCCUGUUCCGAAAGACUGAGAUGGCCAUGGGUCAAAAGCCCGUCCCCAA